AUGCUGAUGAGAUUGAAUAUGAGUAGAGAGAGGGUCUCUUCGGGGCCGCAAGACGGGUCCCCGCUGGAAGCUCCUGUGUCAGCAAAUGCGUUCCUGCCUGCCAGAGGGCCAGAUCUCUUGAAAGCUUACCAGCACACACAUAUCCCGCAGCCUUUAAAGAGACCAGAUAAGAAUUUUUGUCAGAGUCAGCUACUGAACCAUAAGAAGCCGCACCGGCAGCAGCAGCAGCAGAUGGAACGCCACAUUAUUAGGCCAACGGCUAUGGUGACCCAGAAAUAUCAAGAACCACUACAACAGCCGCACCUUCGACAGCCAGUCAGAUACAGUCAGUCUACUUAUCGCCAUGGGGCCUGCAGCCGCUCGAACUCUUCCUUGGCGACUACAGAAGAACGCAGCCUCUCCCAGCAUGUGAGCGGAAAGCUCCCCACGCAAUAUUGCAGUAAGGGAGCCGCCCGCUGUGUCUGUCAUUGCGUAGCCCAAGCUGCCUUUACUAGUCGUACAUUUAACAGAAUCAGCUAUCGCAGCACUCGCAGCAAUCUAGGACCAAGUCUGGUUGACAACAAACGGGACACAAUCCCCGACUUGAAACUCAACGUCUCAACCGUUGUGGAUGCGUCGGGUGACCUUGCAGCCCCUCCACCAGUUUCCCCCUCUGCUUUCGCCGCUGUACCUUCGACAACCCUUUCAGUGGGAGGCGAGUCGUGUACAGACUGGGGAACAAUAUCAGCGGAUGAUAGCUCCUGUUGCAACGGCAACGGCAGCAACGUCUAUGUCGCAGUUAGAGUGCGUCCUCUGAGCGAGACAGAACGCAUACAAGGCGACAUGAAGACUGUUUCUGUUUUAGACAGUAGAUCGCUAACUGUUACUGAGGUAGGAGCAGAAGGGGGCCCGCGGGGCAGGCGAGUGAGAAAGCGGUACUUCUCAUUUGACUCAGUGUUUGGAGAAACAACUGACCAAGAAGAAGUGUUUCAAGGAUGCACUCUGCCUCUUCUGCAUGAUCUGUUGAAAGGAAUAAACGUUUCUGUUUUCGCCUACGGAGCAACAGCUGCUGGAAAGACACAUACUAUGCUAGGCAGUGAAGCGGCACCUGGAGUUAUGCCUAGGGCUCUACAGCUGCUCUUUCAGCAGGUCUGCGAUGAGAAAGAAAGGGAGUUUUCACUGAGCUGCUCCUUUGUAGAGAUAUAUAACGAGACUAUUCGAGACUUGUUGGGGUCCCGGACUGACGUGUGCGAGCUAAGAGAAGACCCGGAGAAGGGUAUGGUGCUUCAGCACGCCACUAUCCACAGAUUACGUUCGAAACAGCAUGCGUUGUUGCUUCUACUGGAAGGAAACGAUAAACGGACACAAGAAGCAACAAACGCGAACCAGACGUCCUCCAGAUCUCACGCCAUUCUACAGGUAAAUAUCUUGGCUCGUGACAGAUCCGGCGAAGAGAGCCAGCUCGCAAAGCUGUCGCUGGUGGACUUGGCAGGAAGUGAACGAGCCUCUCAUACGAGCAACCACGGACAAAGGAUGACGGAAGGCGCAAGCAUCAACAGGUCCCUACUGGCUCUCGGAAACGUUAUUAACGCGUUAACAGUGAAGGGGAACGUCUCUGGAAAGGCUUCUCUACGAUUUGUUCCCUACAGGGACAGCAAACUUACGCGGCUUCUUAAAGAUAGUCUGGGAGGUCGCUGCCGAACAGCCAUGGUGGCGACAAUAUCCCCCGCCAUAAGCCACCAGGAAGAGACACUUAACACUUUAAAGUAUGCAAAAAGGGCCAAGGCGAUUCGCAACUCCUCCGACCGAGCCAGAAUCACCAGACUGCAGGGUCGGGAAGCACCAAGCGAGUCUGCCGCUGUGGCUGGUCUGAAAGCCAAGCUGCACCAGCUUCAGUGCCAGAUAAGUCGUCAGGAUCUGCAUGAGAGACUACAUAUGAGAAAGAGACUUCAUGCUGGCCAAAUUAUGUCAUUGCUAGAUGCUUCCGAGGAGCCAGAGGCACGCCAAGGCCUAAACACUAAGCUGUAG